GAUCUAAUAAGAAUGAAUUGCCUAAUAAGAAUAAAAAUAACAAAUCACCUAAUAAAGAUAAAAAUAAUGAAUUGCUUAAUAAGAAUAGAAAUGAUGAAUUGUCUAAUAAGAAUAAAAAUAAUAAACUAUCUAAUAAGAAUAGAAAUUAUUUAUCUGAGACGUCUAAUGAGAAAGAGAAUAAUGAAUUACUUAAUAAGAAAAAGAAUAAUAAUUAUUUAUAA